AUGCACAAGUGUGAUCGAUGUUCCAAAAGCUUUGAACAAACUGCUUUUAUCAGUAAAACCGGAAAACCUACAAAAAUAUGUUAUGAAUGUCGGCAAAAAAAUUUAAAUACCUACUAUGCUACAAAACCUAAUGAAAAUAUUGGAAAUAAUAAAUAUGUUGAAAAUGAAAAUUCUGGCAUAGAUUUUUCAUGCAAAAUAUCAACUGUUUUACUAAAAAGUGAACCCCAUGAACUUGGAAAAAAAAUUGCCGAAAUCCUAAGCGUCCACGAAAGCAUGAAAAUUUCUAUAAACAGCGUAAUAGAGGAUAUAUUGAAUGAUUUUCCUGUAAUGCAUCCAGAUCGGUUUAAUACGUCUGAUGAUAUUAAAGCUGAAAUAAAGAAGAAUAUUCAUCUUGCACCUGCAGAUAUUUUUAAGCAAUUGGAACAACAAAAUCCAAACUUAACUCAAAAACAACAACAAGGAGUCUAUUCUUUUGUAUUUUUACAAUCGCAACAUAUAUUACAACAAUUUUCAACACAAUUAAUACAAUCAAAUACAGUCGAUAAUAUAACUGAUAUUAAUUCAAAUGAUGAUGACAAUACUGAAUCAUCACAAAUAUUCGAAGAAUAUAAAUCAUUACUUCGUAAUGCACUUGAAAUUGCGCAAUCGGUUCAAGGAAGUUUUAAAGGCGUACAAAAUUUAGUGAUGGACAUUAAAUCAUAUAAAAGAAGAAUAACUAAUCCACGUACUUGGAAAGACCAUAAUCGACAUACAAUGUUUUUAAAUUUGCAAGAC